CUUCUGGCUUCGGCAGCUAGAUGACAGGCCCUAGUAGCCAUCUUGUGAGAGAUGACUUCAACAGCGAAACCACAGAAUAGAAACCGCACCUUCGAUUUUACCACAGUGUACGAUAUACGACACAGCAACGUCGAAGGAACAGAGGAAUCACAGAAAACAAUAACUGACGACGAAGACGACGACGAAAGAAUGGUGAUAAGUGAAGACCGUACAUCCACUGGAUCCCCGGAAGUCGGGAGUCCUCUGGACUCUCUUCAUAUGAUGGGCCCAUUUAAUGGAGACGAUACGAGAGAAUCCGACUCCAAAAGCGUGAAUAGUGAAAUGAUAGAAGACCAGAAUGAGGAGGAGAAAGGGAACAUAGACUCCAAUCUUUGUGACGACGAUAAUUCCGAAGUGCCUUCUACUGUAGGAUCCCAAGAUGUAGAAACACCUGAAGAGAGCGAAGCUGAAGAUUUCGGAACUGGUUCCCGGUUUGAAUCCUCUACGUCAUCUUCUCGACGUAACAAAAGAAAGAACUUCCAGCCACGAAACAUCGUCUAUCAGUACGCUGACAGUGACGUCGAUAACGAAUUGUUCAUUGAUUACAGCUUUAAUAAGACUGAGGAGCUCCCAGAAUCUCGUGAAAUAACGAAUUAUUCGGAAUACCAGGAGUACUCGGGCGACGAGCUACGCAGAAGAAAUUCUAGUCCAUGUCGAAUCCAAACAUCAGUAGUGGGCAUUCAGGGACCUAGGACAACCAUUCCAAAGAAGCUUCUGGAAGGAGACAAAGACCAACCACUAGAUCUCACUAGCGAUAGUGUUGGCCCAACUAAUAACGAAAGAAAUCUCGCGAAUAAAGGCGACUUCUCUCCAGUCGACUUAACUACGCGUAGGGAUCACAACUGGCUUUGUUUCCCCCAAACUGUGGAAGCUGUAGAUUUGUCAAAAAACACUCGUCUGGAGAGCGGAUCCCCCCCGCCUAACCGCGCCAUUGUCAAAGGUCACGCAUCUGUCUCAGCGUUUACCUCGUUAGAAAAUCACGCACCCUCCUCCAGAGAUGGAGGUUGUACACCACGUGCUGGGCCCGCCCUUAGCGGUAGGGAGGCUGUGCCCCCAGCAGUAGAUGCCUCGUUGAUGCGGGACUACGCUGAAUCUACGAUGAAAGAACUCCUGGGUAUCUACGGUCUGAAUGACAUGGGGGACUCCAUCACCAAGCACGUGCCACUACAGAACUUUUCCUCAGGUAAAAUUUUAGAGCACAUGCCUCUUUCGUCCUUAUCGUUCCCCUACCUAUCAAUGAUGCACCAUGCACCAAGCUCUGCCGUCUUGAGUCAGCAUUUACCAAUGGUCUCAGAGGCGCCAUCUAGUGUUGAUCACUCGUUUCGUACGACACCCACGUCUGCACCGACACCUAGCGUUAAUCAUCUCUCUUACAUGCCACACCCACACGACGAAGGUCUUCUGGAGUCUCUGCGGUCAAAAGUAGCCGACAGCAUGUCGAAAAUGGCGUCUGUAGCCCCACACAACAUGAUGAACAAUAAGGAUAUGGCAACUAUUCUAACUCUUGCUGCGCUGGGAACGAAAGUUGCAACUGGACAAGCGCCUCCAGAGGGCGUCUUUCCUGCUCAAUCUCCAAGUCCCAUUGUGUCGCCCGUGACUACAGCGCCCUGUUCUACGCUGGUGGUUCCAGCCAGCACAGACUCAAUGUUAGGAAGCAGAAAAAACACGAAUCCUGUGAGACUCAACAACGGAAAAACUGGACCCAUGGAUUACACUCGGUACGUAAAGAGAUUUGCAAAUGCGUCGGAGUGCGGGAGUAACUACUGUAAAGACUUAAAUUACCGAGAACAUUUCCAUUGUCUUGAUUGCAAUUCCAGGGUAUUUGUGAAGAAGGAAGAAAUGAUACGACACUUCAAAUGGCACAAAAAACGUGACGAGUCUCUUCAACACGGCUUCAUGAGGUAUAGCCCGAUGGACGACUGUUCGGACAGGUUUACGAACUGUUCUCAUAACCGGAAGCAGACCCAUUACCACUGCCUGAAGGUGAGAUUUGCUGACAGUUUUAAUGUGUACCGGUCAACAAACUAUUUCAGUUUUCAUUGA